UACACAUACUCCCCUCCCCUCCCCUGUUUUCGUUCUUUCGCUGGUUCUUCCACCCCCCUCGACCGCGCGCCAUUGCCGGGAGAGCAAGAAACUCAGUUGGAAGGAUCGAUCAACCGAUAUAGCUGGGUACAUGGAGGAAGCAGCAGCCGGCUCCGGCGAGGAGGAGGUGUACUGCGCGGUGGGGAAGGAGCAGUGGAACUGGAAGGCGAACCUGCGGUGGGUGCUGGCCAACUUCCCCGGCCGCCGCCUCGUGCUCGCCCACGUCCACCGCCCGCCGCACCGCAUCAACAUGAUGGGGGCGUGGGUGCCGGUGAGCCAGGUGGGGGCGGCCAUGGUGGCCGCGUGCAGGAAGUGGGAGGAGGACGAGGCCAGCGAGGCCCUCGACCAGCUCGUCCGCAUGUGCAAGAUCCAGCGGGUCCACGCGCGCAAGGUCAUCGUGUCCGGCGACGACCUGGCGGGCGGCCUGGUGCAGCUCGUCGCCGACCAUGCCGUCGCCGAGCUCGUCAUGGGCGCCGCCGCCGACCGGGCCUACUCGAGGAAGAUGCGGGCGCCCAAGUCCAAGAAGGCGGCGACCGUGCAGCUCAAGGCCAACCCCUCUUGCAGGAUCUGGUUCGUCUGCAAAGGCAAGCUCAUCUGCACGAGAGAGGCCAGUGAAGAGGGGCUGGUAAGCAGAGGAGAGCCAUCCACGGCGAGCACCAGCCCACGCCCAACCGCCUCCGACUGCUCGACAUCGGCAUCCUCGUCGCACCGCCACGGCGAUGGCGCCGCCGAGCGGCUCGGCAUCCACAAUGACUCGGGUGACGCCGGCGAGAUGGACGAUGCGUUGGCGGAGAAGCUCAAGGCCGAAGGGACUCGCCGGGCACCUGUAGCUGCGGUGGAAUCUGUGCCCGUGACAGAUGGUGAUCAAGCUGUAGGUGUCUUGCGGUUCGGUUUGCCGGAGCUGGAGGAGGCGACAGGCCGUUUCGACGAGUCCUCCAGGAUCGGCAAUGCCGGCAUUGGCCGCGCCGGCGUGUACAGAGGGAGCCUGCGCGGCAUGAACGUCGCCGUCAGGGUCAUCUCCCCCGAUGCCGCCGUCGGCGAGGCGCGGUUCGCUCGCGAGGCGGACGCCAUCAGCCGGGUGAGGCACCCAGGCCUCGUGGCGCUCAUCGGCGCGUGCCCGGAGGCGCGCGCCGUGGUGCACGAGCUCGUGCCGGGCGGUAGCCUGGAGGACCGCCUAGCUCAAGGAGGCGACGGGACGCCGCCGCUGCCGUGGAGAGCGCGGUGCGCUGUGGCGUACCAGGUAUGCUCUGUUCUGGCAUUCCUUCACUCGUCAGCGAAGACAGUGCACGGCGACGUCCGCCCGGCGACCAUCCUCCUGCUCGAUGACGACGAGGAGGAGCACCUCCUCACCGGCAGCAAGCUCGCCGGCCUCGGCAUGCGUGGGCUCGUGUCGGAGCAGCGGCGGGCCGGCCGCGAAGCGCUGGCGUACGUGGACCCGCGGUACCUCGCGACGGGGGAGCCGACCCCGCAGUGGGACGUGCACGCCCUGGGCCUGGUGCUCCUCCGGCUGGUCGCGGGCAUGACAGCGCGCGCGGCAAAGAAGGCGGCUCGGGAGGCCGCCGCCGACGGGCGCAGGGGCUGGAGCGAGGUGGUGGCCGCGAGCGCGGGAGGGUGGCCGUUGGAGCUGGCCACCGAGGUCGCGCUCCUCGGCCUGCGAUGCUGCGCCGUGAGCGACGGCCGAGAGCCGUGUCGCCCGGCCGGUGAGCUGCUCGAGGAGGCGCUUACCGUGCUGAAGGCAGCGAUGGACGCCGCACCGGGCAGGACGUGGACGUCAUCACUGUUAUCGUCGUCGGAGACGGGGGCGUCCCACGGCGGCGGAUCAGAGUGCCACCAGCAGCAGCAGCGGGUCCACAAGGUAGUUGAUGCAGCGGCACAAUGAUUUUUUAGUCGUCGGAGUCAAAUACUCCAUGUAAUUUACGAGUGUGGAAAACAUUCAUUGUUUGGAGACGGGAAUGGGAAAAUAUCUGGUCCUCGAGGAGCAUCUAUCUAAGCUCAUGCGCUGCCGUGCGAGCUCGCCCGUUGGAUCUCAGAUCCAAGGGCUCUGCCAACCGUUGAGGUGGUGAUGUCGCUCUGCGUGGCAUUGAGCCGGCGAUGUACGAUUCCACUCCUCUCAGCUGGAGGAGGCGACAGGCCAAACGUUGUAAAUAUAAGGUCAUCUUCAAUGUUGACCCGCAAAUUUGCUCCGGCGUCUGUCAACAUAUAGGGGACCAGUUCAUGGACAUUGAUA